AAAUUUUACCAGCUUGUAACAGUUAUUGUUAGUCUAAAAAUUUUAGAAUUACGAUUUUUUUAAAAUUAAAGACAAAUUGUUUUUUCUGGAACUAUCGUGAUUUUCGCAUUGAUGAAAUAGCGGGUUCAAUGCACCUUCACCUCAUUGUGGAGUAUAAAUUUACAAAAAAAAAGAAAUUAUUUGGCAGCUACUACACCUCAGUAAAUUUGAGAAAGCGUUACAAAAGCGUUCGUUUUUACUGCAUUCACUGAAAAUAUAUCCUAAAAUGUAUUUCUAGGAUAUUCGGGAGUGUGGGAAAAAUAAUCUAUUACCAGGUAAUCUUGAACGGUUCAUUGAAGAGCGGAAGGGACUUUCAGGGUGGCGUUUGAUCGAUCAAAACAUGCGCAUGCCGCCCCCCAAAUCCUUCAUUUAGUUUUCCAAGGGAGACACACUAUUGCAUGUAAUCUCUCCGGUCAAGGAUUAAAUUAAACGUUAAGCAAAAUGCCGGCGACACGACAUAAGAUUCUUGGCCAUGUAUUUACUGGCUUUUUUACCAAGAUGAACCGGACGAAACAGAUGAACAGCGGAGAGCAGGCUUUAGAUACACCAUUGAAACGAUGUCUAAACACAUUUGACAUAACACUUUUAGGGGUCGGUCAUAUGGUCGGUGCUGGAAUUUAUGUCUUGACGGGCACUGUUGCGAGGGAUUUAGCAGGACCUGGAAUCGUACUGUCGUUCAUAAUGGCUGGCAUGACUUCCAUGCUUGCUGCACUCUGCUAUGCAGAGUUUGGAACGAGAGUACCUAAAGCCGGCUCUGCCUACGUUUACACUUACGUGAGCAUUGGUGAAUUCUGGGCUUUUGUCAUCGGAUGGAAUAUUAUACUCGAACACAUGAUAGGAGCGGCAUCAGUUGCUAGAGCUUGGAGUGGAUAUGUGGACUCUCUUCUAGGAGGAGCAAUCAGCAAUGCCACUAUUGCCCUCGUCGGAGAAAUGCAUGAACAGCUAUUUGGGAGAUAUCCUGAUUUCUUGGCAUUUGCUGUUUGUGUUUCUUAUGCUUGUGUGUUAGGCACUGGUGUAAAGGGGUCAGCAAUGGUAAAUAGUAUAUUAACAGUUGUCAAUUUGGGAGUGAUGUCCCUGGUCAUUGUUGUUGGUUUUUAUUUCGCUGAUAUUGACAAUUGGACUCAUAAAGGGCAUGGAUUUUUACCGUAUGGAGUAGGUGGAGUCAUUGCAGGUGCAGCAACUUGCUUCUAUGCUUUUGUUGGAUUUGACAGUAUUGCAACAUCAGGAGAAGAAGCAAGAGAUCCUUCUUACUCAAUACCAAUAGCAACGAUGCUAUCAAUGUCUCUGGUUUGUCUUGGUUACAUGUUGGUGAGCAGUGCACUAACUUUAAUGGUUCCUUACUGGGCUAUAAGUCCGACUGCAGCCCUGCCUGAAGCCUUCGCAACUGUUGGUCUACCUUGGGCAAAGUAUGUUGUUUCAAUUGGUGCACUUUGUGGAAUGACAACGACUCUCUUGGGCUCUCUUUUCUCAUUGCCAAGAUGCAUGUAUUCUAUGGCAGCUGAUGGCUUGAUAUUUUCAUUUUUAGGCAAAGUAAACAAAACUACCCAAGUGCCUGUAAUAAAUUUGAUUGUCUCAGGAUUAAGUAGUGCAAUAAUAGCACUUUUGUUCGAUUUAGAAAAGCUAGUCGAAUUUAUGUCAAUUGGAACCCUUUUGGCUUACACAAUUGUCAGCGCUUCAGUAAUAAUUCUUAGAUACCGUCCUGAUGUUUUGCCUAUUGUAAGGGAUGAUUCAUCACUUUCAGAGCCAACAACUCCAAUGUCAGGUUCUGGGGCAAUGGAAUGGCGACUUGGGCCAGGAGGAAGAUUGAAACCGACUUGGAGCUGGUUAGAGCCGAUUGUAGGCAAAUGCAUGCCUGGAGCUGCGGUUUCUGCCUCAGUUUUUAUCUUUACUUGCUUCACGGCAGUUUUGUGUUUCCAUCUGCACUGGACCGCUGAAGAUCUAGGUCAAGGCACUUGGUGGACUCUCCUUGUUACUGCUUUUCUCAUUGCCACUUUACUUGGAUGUUUAGCUGUUAUUGAGGCACAUGAACAGAACACCACCAAUUUAAGGUUCAAAGUACCUUUAGUACCUUUUGUGCCAGCUUUAAGCAUACUUUGCAAUAUAGAACUCAUGGCUCAUUUAAAUGUACUCACAUGGAUUCGAUUCAUGACUUGGAUGGCAUUAGGUCUUCUGGUUUAUUUUCUCUACGGCAUUCACCAUAGCAAGGAAAAUGACGCUUCCAACUCAUACUCUGUACUUUUAACAUCUUCUGAGGCUGGAAAAAUUCACUGGGGAGCUAUUUCAUCAAUAAGGCGAAAACAUAGUACUGACACUCUCCCCAUUGUAGAACAAGAAGAACUUCCUGAAUAAAUCACCAUUUGCAGUCAGUGAGGAAUGUUAAACAGGCAAAAUUAAAUUAAAGACAAAUUUAGUUUUGGUUGGUUCUUAGUUGUCAAUUUUAUAAACAAAAAGAAAUAUAUGUGUAGUAUGGAAUGAUAAAAAAUUUAUUGUUAUAUGGAGAAAGAUUGAACAAAACAAUGUAAAGAAAAUGUAUUAAUUGUAUAUAAUUAUUCUUUUAUUUAUUCUUAUUUUUAUUGAUUUUUUUUUUUCAUAUUAGAGCCUUGUCAAUAUCAAUAGCAACAGUAUAUAGGAAAGUUGUUAUCAAGUGGCCACUAAAAUUUAACAAAAAUUUCAAGACCCAAUAUACAAAUUUUCUUUAAAAGAAUUUAAUAAUCAUUGUGAGUAUAUUUGUAGCUUAAGAUCAUUCAUAAGAACUUUAAUUUUGGAAGCUCAAAAAUGAAAAAGAGCUAAGACUGUUGAUAAUGCUUAAUUUUGAGUAAAACUACAGUAUUUUCCCACCAGACAAUAUUGCUGGAUCAAAUUUUUAAUACAUAUAAAAUAUUAGACGUAUAUAUUUAUUUAUAGUUUCAAAAAUAUUUUUAUAAUGCAACA